AUGCAAGACCACCAAGACGCCUCGAACAGCGCCCAGCCACAGGCGGUGUUCGACGAGCAUUGGAUGUACAAUCUCCCGUUCGAAUUCGAAUAUCCUCCUGCCGGAUCCCAACCACCUAGUCAAUUCGAUCCUCCCCCCGAUCCGCCGCCUCAGCCUAUCGAUUACGGCGAUUAUGGCAACGCUCCUCAGACGUUCGACCAGGUUGAGAAUUUUCAAGAUACGCUCGCCCAGCCAUUCGACCCGUAUCCGUCAGCCGAAGCUGUUCCAGACCAAGCGUUCAAUCCAGCGUGGUACUCGAAUCAGUACCCCGCCCACACGCCUGGCCCGACUCAAUACCCAAGUGCGCUCCAAACGUUCAACGCGGCACCGCACUCCAACUACGCACCAAUACAAACAUCCAACUCGGCUGGCCCAUCCAAUGCAUCCGCACCGCAGACGCUUGCCCCGGUCCAGUACUCCAAUGCUCCUCUACGUCAAUCGUUUGACCCGGCCCUGUACGCCAGUACUUCUCUGGGCCAGACGUUCGACCCGGUCCAGUUUCUCUAUGCUCCCGUGGGGCAGACCUACAACACCUCGCAGCAGCCGAACCACGACCCCGUAGGGCAGAUUUCCGCCGCCACCUGUUACGCAGACAAUACCCUUGGCCAGGGCUUCGACCCUGCCCAGUACACCAACGCUCCCGUCGGUCAAAUGGGCCAUGCGCAAUACCUUGACGCCGCGUAUAUUGGUCCGACGUACAACACGGCUCAGUACCCCGGCAUUCCCUUCGACCCGGCAUCCAAUGGUCCCCUCGGUCAGUCUUCGGUCUCCUGGAAAGCACCGCAAGCACCCCAACCUUCCGAGGAUGUUCCCGCCCAGUUCGACACGCAGCGGAUGACGCAGGAUAUUGAAGCCUCUCGACAGCUCGAGCGGCAGCUGCGGUCCAAGACUACCUCCAAGGACGCUCAUCCCAAACGCAAAGGGCCUCGCACUCGCCUCAGCUCGAAGCUGGAGCACGAGCACGAGCAGCCAGAAGCGUCCUCUAGCGGCAGCCGCCUAGCUGGAUCUGCUCCUCCCCCGCAGCUUAUCGCUUUUGAUGACAUUCGGGCGCCUGGAGACAUCAACGCUUUUGAGGAGGAGGUACUGCCAGCGGCUCCACCUUCUACGGAAACACCCGCGCCGAAACGGGCACGUCGCGCCCUCACAGGUCGCAACCUCACCGUGAACGAGCAAGUCCUGCGAGCCUGUGUGACCAGGAGUGGGCUGCAAAUUUCUCUUGACGAUCCGCCCCCGCCUCCUCCUCCGGAAGCUUUGGACGAGAACGGAAUACUCCAUGGCAGAGGAAGAAGGCGCGCGAGCGGCAAGAAGCCGCGGUUCGGCUGCCGCUUCACUGGCUGCCCAUCCUCGAGCCUCACCAAAGGCCAGUUCGACAAGCACAUGCUCACGCAUUUCGAUGCCGAGCAGAAGCCGUUCAAAUGCCCGGGCGGUUGCAACAAGUCCUACUCGCGAAACGAUGCGCUCAAACGGCAUCUCAAGCACUCGCGGAAGGUGAACACGAAGUGCUACAAACUGGUGGCACUGGUCAUCGGCCCGGAAGAGAAGGAUUGGGGCGUUCAAAUGUGCGAGGUCGUCAAGUUUAACCUGCGCAUGAACCCGAACCUAGGAGUGGUCAUCAGAUAG